AAGACUCCGCCCCAGGAAACGGACUGCUCCGGGUCGCCGUGGGGCCUUCUCGUUCCGCCUCGCAGUGUCCCCAACCCACGAGGCCGGGAUUCAUCGCCCCGCUUUACAGGUCUGGCCUCACCCCACAGGCAGUGGCUCUGCCCCCCAUGAGCUAGAGCCUGCCCCCUGGUGCCUGCCCACCACCAGCCCGCAGGAUGCAGCUGUGGAAGGCGGUGGUAGUGACCCUGGCCUUCCUGAGCACAGACGUCGGCGUCACCACAGCCAUCUACCUCUUCAGCCACCCGGACCGCAGCCUGGUGGAGGACAUCCGCCACUUCAACAUCUUUGCCUCAGUGGUGGACCUCUGGGCGGCCUGCUUGUACCGCAGCUGCGUGUUGCUGGGGGCCACCGUCGGCGUGGCCAGGAGCUGCGCCGUGGGGCCCCGGCGUCUGCGGGCCUCGCAGACGGUCAUGGCCCUGGUGUGCCUCCUCGCGGGCAUCUACACCAUGGUGAAGCUGCUGCUCUUCUCCGAGGUCCACAAGCCCGUUCGGGACCCGUGGUUCUGGGCCCUCUUCGUGUGGACCUACCUCUCCCUCGCUGCAUCGCUUCUGCUCUGGCGGCUGCUGUCCUCAGUGCAGCCGGACGCCAGGCCCCUCGAGCUGGGGGCAGGUGCGGAGGCCGAGGGCUUGCCCGGGGACGACCAGCCGCCGUCGGAGCAGGCGUCCAGGGUCACCCUGAAGAAGCUGCUGUCCUACACCAGGCCCGACGGUGCCCUCCUCGCGGCGGCCUCCUUCUUCCUCGUCCUGGCCGCUCUGGGAGAGACCCUUUUCCCCUACUACAUUGGCCGGGCCAUCGACGGCGUCAUCAUCCAGAAGAGCAUGGAGCAGUUCACCUCAGCGGUCGUCCUCACCUGUCUGCUGGCCCUCGGCAGCUCGUUUGCCACAGGUAUUCGGGGCGGCAUUUUCACCCUCGUAUUUGCCAGACUGAACAUUCGCCUCCGAAACCUUCUCUUCCGCUCGCUGGUAUCUCAGGAGACAAGCUUCUUUGACGAGAAUUGCACAGGGGACCUCAUCUCCCGCCUCACCACGGACACCACCGUGGUCAGCAACGUGAUCUCCCACAACAUCAACAUCUUCCUGUGGAACGCGGUCAAGGCCACGGGCGUGGUGUUCUUCGUGUUCAGCCUCUCGUGGCAGCUGUCCGUGGUCGCUUUCAUGGGCUUCCUCAUCAUCAUGAUGGUGUCCAACGUCUACGGCAAGUACUACAAGAGGCUCUCCAAAGAGGUCCAGAGCGCCCUGGCCAGAGCCAGCAGCGUAGCCGAGGAGACCAUCGGUGCCAUGAAGACGGUCCGGAGCUUUGCCAACGAGGAGGUGGAGGCGGAGGUGUACGCACAGAAGCUGCAGCAGGUGUACAAGCUGAACAGGAAGCAGGCGGCCGCCCACAUGUACUACACCUGGAGCAGUGGGCUCACGCUGGUGGUGGUCCAGGUCAGUGUCCUCUACUAUGGAGGCCACCUCGUCAUCUCCGGGCAGAUGACCGGCGGCAACCUCGUCUCCUUUGUUAUCUACGCGUUGGCCCUGGGAGACUGUAUGGAGUCCAUGGGCUCUAUCUACAGCAGCCUGAUGCAAGGAGUGGGGGCUGCCGAGAAGGUCUUCGAGUUCAUCGACCGUCAGCCAACCAUGGUGCUUGACGGGAACUUGGCCCCUGACCACGUGGAGGGCCGCGUGGACUUUGAAAACGUGACCUUCACCUACCGCACUCGGCCCCACACCAAAGUCCUGCAGAAUGUGUCCUUCAGCCUGUCCCCAGGGAAGGUGACUGCGCUCGUGGGGCCCUCGGGCAGCGGGAAGAGCUCCUGUGUCAACAUUUUGGAGAACUUCUACCCCCUGCAGGGGGGCCGCGUGCUGCUGGAUGGGAAGUCCAUCAGCGCCUAUGACCACAAGUUCCUGCACCGCGUGAUCUCCCUGGUGAGCCAGGAGCCGGUGCUCUUCGCCCGCUCCGUCACAGACAACAUCUCCUAUGGCCUGCCCGCCGUGCCCUUCGAGAAGGUGGUGGAGGCUGCGCAGAAGGCCAACGCCCACGACUUCAUCAAAGAGCUGCAGGACGGCUACGAUACAGAGACCGGGGAGAGGGGCGCCCAGCUGUCCGGUGGGCAGAAGCAGCGGGUGGCCGUGGCCCGGGCUCUGGUGCGGAACCCGCCCGUCCUCAUCCUGGACGAAGCCACCAGCGCUCUGGAUGCGGAGAGCGAGCACCUGCCGGCCCCUCCUGUUCCCCCAGAUCCGGGAGGCCAUCUACAGGAACCCGCAGAGGCGCACGGUGCUGAUUGUGGCGCACCGGCUGAGCACGGUGCAGCAGGCCCACCGCAUCGUGGUGCUGGACAAGGGCCGCGUGGUGCAGCAGGGCACGCACCAGCAGCUGCUGGCCCAGGGCGGCCUCUACGCCACGCUGGUGCAGCGGCAGAUGCUGGGGCUCGACUCCGCCCCGGACUGCACAGCCCGCCCCAGCGAGCCGCCUGGCAACAGCUGACGCGAGGCCGGUCGGAGGCCCUGGCGCCCGCUUGGCUGAGGCACCCACGGGCUCUGAGCCCAGCCCACGGCGCCCCCGUGUGUCCCUGCUCCCUGCAUCUUGCCCUGCCCCUGCCACCACGCACUCCCGUCUGGGCAGUGGACACCGGGGGUCUCUCCGCCUGGUCUCCCAAGGUUUCUAAGUGAAGGCAGCAUCACCUUUGUUGUUAAUCCUCACCCGAGGAUAUUUUUCCGUUG